AUGCUUGCACAGGGCGCCCAGAGGAGGCUGCUGGGCAUCCUCAACUCCACCCCCCCAGCCACCCCCCACCCCGGACCGGCCCCCAACCAGACGGACCCCUGGUGCCUGGAGGUGUCCGUUCCCGACGGGCUCUUCCUCAGCCUGGGGCUGGUGAGCCUGGUGGAGAACGUGCUGGUGGUGGCCGCCAUCGCCAAGAACCGCAACCUGCACUCGCCCAUGUACUUCUUCAUCUGCUGCCUGGCCGUGUCGGACCUGCUGGUGAGCGUGAGCAACGUGCUGGGCACGGCCGUGGCGCUGCUGCUGGAGGCGGGCGCGCUGGCGGCCCAGGCGUCCGCGGUGCAGCAGCUGGACGACGUCCUGGACGUGCUCAUCUGCGGCUCCAUGGUGUCCAGCCUCUGCUCCCUGGCCGCCAUCGCGGUGGACCGGUACCUCUCCAUCUUCUACGCGCUGCGCUACCACAGCAUUGUGACCCUGCCCCGGGUGUGGCGGGCCAUCGCGGGCAUCUGGGUGGCCAGCGUGGCCUCCAGCACCCUCUUCAUCGCCUACUACGCCCACACGGCCGUCCUGCUCUGCCUGGUCAGCUUCUUCGCGGCCCUGCUGGCGCUCAUGGCGGUGCUCUACGCCCGCAUGCUGGCGCAGGCCUGCCAGCACACCCGCGGCAUCGCCCGGCUGCACAAGAGGCAGCGCCCCGCCCCCCAGGGCCUCGGCCUCAAAGGGGCUGCCACCCUCACCAUCCUGCUGGGCAUCUUCUUCCUCUGCUGGGGCCCCUUCUUCCUGCAUCUCCUGCUCAUCGUCCUCUGCCCUCAGCACCCCGCCUGCCACUGCGUCUUCCGGAACGUCCCCCUCUUCCUGGCCCUCGUCAUCUGCAACACCAUCGUGGACCCGCUCAUCUACGCCUUCCGCAGCCCCGAGCUCCGCAAGACGCUCCAGGAGGUGCUGCAGUGCUCCUGGUGA